CAUUCACGAACACCACCAGCCCAGCUUCAAAAGCAGGAAGGAGCACAACACCGCCCGCCAGGAGACCAACCCGAUUGCCAUCGCUACACGAAACACGUCGUAUACAACUCUCGACACCGGGUGCCUGCCGUAUCUUGCGCCCGCCGCUCCAUCGUCAACGCGCGGGGCCAAGGGGAAGCCUCCAGGCGGCGGCGCCUGCUUGAAGGGUCAUCGGCAGUUGUUCGCCUUGAUAGCUUUCCAGAAUGCCUGCGCUCGACGUCGGAAACCCAGGCGUUCCAGCCGUCCUGAGCGUCGGCAAGCUCUUUGACGACCUUCUCGGCGAAGCUGCCACUGCGAAGCAGACCGUCACGAUCGAACCCGCCGUCAGCCCCUCCGACUUGAAAGAUUUAUCGUCGCGCAUUGUUGCGGCUUCAACAAGCGAUGCUGCAGCAAACAAUGAUCCUAAUGAUGCCACACCGGGGGCUGAUAAGUCUCGACAGUUCGCGGUCGUUGAGACGGCCGCAAGAGACCUCUUUGAUCAGCUCAUCGCUUCCACCUCAAUCAACUCGCCAGAUUUUGUCAAGAUGUGGAAUUUACUAGAUGUUCUGUCUAUACUAUCAGAUAACGGCCAGUGCGACCCGGCUUUGAUGUUCUGGCUGGUCGAAGAGCUGCUCGACAGCCAAACAAUCGCAGGCUGCCGGAAGGUUUUCGAUUACCUCGAGUCAAGACGCGACCGCAUCACAGUAAGCCACUUCAAGCAAAAGCAGCUCGUAAUUUUGCGAAGCUGCAACGAACUUUUGCGCCGGCUUUCCCGCGCCGAGGACACGGCAUUCUGCGGCAGGGUCUUCAUUUUUCUCUUCCAGAGCUUUCCUCUUGGCGACAGGAGCUCUGUCAAUCUUCGAGGCGAAUACCACGUUGAAAAUGUCACGAGGUAUGAAACAGACGGUUUGGAGGGAGAAACGAAAAUGGAAAUCGACGACCAAGCGAAGACACCAAAGGAGUCGCCGGACCCGAAGACCAGUGCGAAAGGGGUCUCAUUUGGUCCCAAGGAUACCCUAGAACCCGAUGCUCUAUACCCUCUAUUCUGGUCGUUACAAGAGAGCUUCAGCCAGCCGCUCAAGCUAUUCGACGUUACCCACUUCAACAAAUUCAAAACCAGCUUGGAUGCCACCAUGAAGGCGUUCCAUGGGUUGACGAGCGCCGAGGGGCCCGUGUCCUCGAGGACGACCGAGAACAUGAGGAGGAAUCUAAAACGCAAGAGAGAGGAGGAGCAACAAGAGAAACCCGGUGAUACCCCUGAGACGUUUAACCCCAAGUAUUUGACGAGCAAAGAUCUUUUCGAAUUAGAGAUAGGCGAUUUGUCUUUUCGGAGGCAUGUCUUGGUCCAGGCGCUCAUCAUUACCGACUUCAUCUUGUCCAUGUCUGCGGGCGCAAAGGAAAAGCUGGCGAGCAUGGUCGCUUCCAACAAAUCAGUCAUGUAUAACGACCAACUCAACGAAGAAAACACGAAAUGGGCCACAGAGAUGAAGAUGACAAUCUCGGAUUACUUAAAACGAGGACAAGAUGGCCCAUAUUUCUUCAGGAUGGUCGAAACUGUGCUGGCCAGGGACAAGAACUGGAUCUUUUGGAAAAUGGCUAGUUGCCCACCUAUUCAGCGAGAGCCUGUCUCCGACGAGUCCUUCAACGCGUCUAAGAGCGCGGCCCAGCGUAUGGCCACAAGCAAGCGACUUCGGCAGACACCGAUGGGCUCCCUAUCCAUGGAAUUCCUGCGAGAUGAUGACCGGAAGCUGGCCAUGGAUAACCUCCAGUCAGCAGAAAGAUAUCAACUACCCGACCUGGACGACUUCAAAAGAAAAAUCUCAGAUGACGAUUUUGAGAUUAGCAUGCCGACGAAUGACCAGACAAAGGCUGUAGCGAUAGCAGGCAAGGCCAGCAAGAGCUGGAGGGCGCUUCGCAUAGCCGGACGCACGAAACUAGCAGCGUUUGAUAAGAUCGACGACCCCAAGAACAUCGAAUUUGUUUUCCAAGAGCUUGACGAAGAUGGCGACCAAGACCAGGUGGAAGAGGAUUCGGCACGAGAAGAAGAUAUGCCCGAGGACCGAGGUUCAAUCAUCGUCUGCGCCCUGACCGGAGCCGGCACCUCGGCGCUCGUGGCGAAGCUGAUGGAACGCCAUGCCGGUGUUUUCACGCCCGUUGUGCGACACACGACUCGGGAGCCACAGGACGGCGAAGUGAAGGGCAAAAAUUUCCAUUUCGUCACCGUCCCAGAGUUCAAUCAGCUACGGGAUAGCGAUCGCCUUCUCGAAUACGGCACAAGAGACGGCACCGAGUAUGGCACGAGCAUCAAGGCAAUCGAAGCUGUUAUGGAGUCUGGCAAGGUUCCAAUCAUUGACUUGGACCUUGAGGUAGUUUUCCUCGUGACUUUAUCACUGCACAACAUCACAGCUAACAGUGAUUUCCAGGCCGCCCAGUUCGCGAAGGACAUGGACUUUGAGGCACGCUACAUUCUUGACAAGCCCACGUCCGCCGAUGCCUUGCGCCAGCGCCUCGUAAUUUCCGGCCUCGACGACGCAGCGAUCACUAGCUUUCUUGCCAAGCAGACCACCCCACCAGAGGAAGACAAGAUUGCAGAGCUUUUCGACAAGGUCAUUCAGGACAAUGAAAUUGAGUUGGCGGUGCAAGCGCUCAGUGCCUACAUCUUCAAACAGACAGAUGUUGCUGAAACCAAUGGCGAUGCUGCCCAUGCUAAAGCUCAUGCGGACAGCGGCGAGGAGGGGCAAGGCGAUGGAGCGGAACAACCAGACGGGGACACAAACAUGACUGACAUCCAGCCGGCCAAGCGGGAUGGUGAGCGUGUUAAGUCUGAGGGUCCGUCCAUCGCCGUCAAGACCUGAGCCAGGAUCAAUCCGAGUACCGGCAGAGAAAGGCAGCUAGGAUCGCUCCAUGUGUACCAUGCGCGACUAAGGGAUCGGGCUUGGAGUUCAGGAAGGAGGCUAAUUGAGCUCACAGAGGAUCAGCAACAUUUAGCAUAUUACAAGCUGGUUUCGUUUUCAGAAUUGAAAGCCCAUGGCG